AUGGCUUCUACUUCUUCUUCAACCCUACCCUGCGAAUAUGAUGUUUUUAUUAGUUUUAGAGGCAAAGAUGUCCGUUGUCGUUUUCUCUCCCAUCUCUCUAAAGCCUUGAAGGACAAAAAAAUCAAGACCUUUACGGAUGAAGAGCUUCGUAAAGGAGAAGAGAUUUCACCAGAGCUCUUGAAAAUAAUCCGAGAAUCAAGUGCCUCAAUAGUCAUUUUCUCCAAAAAUUAUGCAAAUUCUCCGUGGUGCUUAGAUGAGCUUGUUGAGAUACAUAAAUGCAGAGAAGAAUCAGGACAAAUAGUCCUACCAGUUUUUUACCAAAUAGAUCCAACUGAUGUUCAAGACCUGACGGGGAAUUUCGGGAAGGCACUGGCUGUGCAUAAAGAAAAAGAGAGUCCACAAAAGGUGGAGAGCUGGAAGCAUGCUCUGAUGAAAGUAAGCGUCUUAUCUGGAUGGGAUUCACAAAUUAUUAGGGAUGAGGUCAAAUUAGUUGACGAAAUCGUCAAUGAUGUGUUGGAGAAAUUUAAUAAUUUGUCUAAAAGUGAUGAUUCUUAUGAUCACAAAUUGAUUGGAAUUAAAUCACGUGUGGAAAAAGUGGAACAGUUGUUAAACGAUAAAAAAGUUAUAGGAAUUUGGGGGAUGGGAGGUAUUGGUAAAACAACUAUUGCACAAGAAGUAUUUCGUCGAAAUAGGAGUAAAUUCGAUGCUCAUUGCUUUGUAGAAAAUGUUAGGGAAACAAUGACAAAGCAAUCACCAAAUGAUGUACGAGACAAAGUCAUUCGUCAACUAUUAGGGGACAAAAUUUUACAUGAAGACAAAUUGUAUUUGCAGGAUUUCACUAGAAGGCUUAAACGUCAGAAGGUAUUGAUUGUUUUUGACGAUGUAGAGGAUCGAAACCAUGUAAAAGAUUUAGCAGGAGAGUGUGAUUUGUAUGAUGAGGGAAGUAGAAUCAUCAUAACUAGUAGAGAUUCACACGUAUUUAAAUCUGAUUUUUCAGAGGAAGGCAUAUAUGAGGUUGAGAAGUUAAGUGAUUCUCAAGGUUUGGAACUUUUUAGCUUGCAUGCCUUCAACCAAAAUCUUCCCAAGGAAAAAUAUGUGGAGCUAUCAAAGAAGGUGACAAACUAUGCUAGAGACAACCCACUAGCUCUUAAAGUUUUGGGAUCUCAUUUAUUUCGUAGGACGAUAAAAGAAUGGGAAAGUGAAUUGGAAAAAUUGGAAAGCAAAUCUCCUCAGAAAAUUCAAGAUGUCUUGAAAACAAGUUACGAUGGGCUAGCAAAGAAUGAACAGGAAAUAUUUCUUGAUAUUGCAUGUUUCUUCAAAGGUGAACAUAAAGAUCAUGUCGAGAGAACAUUAAAAGCAUUUGAUUUCUAUCCAGAAAGUGGAAUACCUAGUCUAAUUGAGAAAUCUCUUAUAACUAUUUCAAACAAUAUGGUAGAUAUGCAUGACUUGCUAGAGCAAAUGGGCAAGGAUAUUGUUAUUAAGGAAUGCAAACAGCCUGGAGGACGCAGCAGGUUGUGGAAUUUUGAAGAUAUUGAUCAUGUAUUGACAACAGAUACGGGAAUCGAAAAUGUUGAAGGCAUAUUGCUUUAUUCGCCUUGGGGAAAUACUAUGGAGCUUAGUGCCACGGCCUUUGAGAAGAUGCGCUAUCUUAGAUUCGCAAAAGUCAAGCAUCAAACGGGCCUUCCUAACGACUUUGAAUUUUGCCCACCAAAGCUAAAACGUCUUGACUGGGAUUAUUAUCCUCUAGAAUCUUUGCCACUAAACUGUUGCCCAAAUAAACUUGUAGAACUUCGUAUUCGUGACAGCAAACUCACACAACUGUGGAAUGGAGGAGAUAAGAUACAGUUUAUAAAUUUUACGUACAUUUUAUAA